AAUUUUGUGUCCACAGUUGGCAACAUCGAAUUGCGCCUGAAAAUUAGCCUUCUUGUGAUGUAAUGGUGACGCUAAGGUUGACGACUUUCCAGGGGCGUAGAAUUCUGCAUUUCGUUUGAAAAUUGUGUAGAAAAUAAAUUCUGUGAAUCAUAGUUUUGUAGUACUGUUUACCAUCAUUGUUCAGCAUGGCUGCAGAGUCAUCAAGAUCAGAAACAAGAAGACAAGCAAUGUUGAAUGAGAGGAAUAAAAAGGUUGCACAAGAGACUCCAACAUAUACUUGCCACUGUCAGAGAACAUUUCAUAGUAAUACUGGUCUGAAGCGGCACCAAAAAUUUUGUUCAGAAUCUAAUGGAGGAUCAGGGAGUAGCCGUAGUACAAGAUCUCGUGAUCAUUUGAUAAAAAUGGAAUCUUUAGAGAAUGUGGAGAACGUGGAUGAUCCUGACACUUGUGAGGAAACUUCGCAGGAAAGUUUAAGUGAUGAGCCUAAUUCUAAUAAUGAAAAUGAAGAGAAUUCUAAUAACAAUGAACAUUUGGAAGAUCAAAUACAAGAUGUGAUCAUGGAUAAAGUUAAUGAAUUAAUUGAUCAAACAUCAUUGGGUCCAGGGAAAUGUCACUGUUGUGGUGAGGAUUUGGAUACUGCUCACUUGGGUGGGGAUUAUCAGUGUGUGGAUUGUAAUAAAAGCUUCAAACUCAAAUCUAGCCUUGAACGUCAUCGACGUGUAAUUCAUAUGGAAGGAGAAACUUAUGAAUGUCCAGAAUGUGAAGCACGUUGUCCAGACAAGGGAACUCUAGCCCGACAUAUGUAUACUCAUACUGGUUUAAAACCUUAUUCUUGUUCAAGAUGCAAGAAACAAUUUAGUAGAAAGUAUCACUUGGAACGUCAUGUUUUACAAACUGGAUGUGAUGGUAAUCCUAAACCAACUCAUCCUUGCCAGGUCUGUGGGCGUUUAUUUAGUCGCAAAGAUAAUUUAAGAGAACACCUUAGAGCCCAUGCUGGCCAAGUGAAACGAAAAAAAAGGUACCUUUGUGAAAUUUGUCAAAAAGAGUUCCCAGGAGCUGCAUUAUUGCAAAUGCAUAUGAGAAUCCACACUGGGGAUAAGCCAUAUUUUUGUGACUUUUGUGAGAAGACUUUUCCAUCCAGUGGAGCUAUGAAGAAACAUCGCCGAAUGCACACUGGUGAAAGACCUUAUGAAUGCAAGGAGUGCUUUGCUAAAUUUGCUGCCAAAGAAACCCUUAAUCGGCAUGUAAGAACUCACACUGGCGUGAAGCCUCAUAUUUGCCAGUUUUGUGGAAAAAGCUUUAUCCAAGCAUCCCAAUUGAGAGCCCAUGUUUUUCAUCAUACAGGGGAGCAUGGAUUUACAUGUGAGCACUGCAGUAAAGCUUUCAAUCGCCGUGCACGUUUACUCAUGCACGUAAAGUACGUGCAUGAAGGGGCUAAGCCCUAUGAAUGUGAGCAGUGCAGCAAAACAUUUGUGAGGAAAGAAGAUUUGGCACGACAUAACAUAUUGCAUUCUGGAAUAAAAGCCCAUAAAUGCCCCAUCUGCCAGAAGGCAUUUGCUAUGAAGUCAUCAUUGAAGAUACAUCUUUUGACGCAUACUAAGGAACCACCUCGCUCAUGUGAUGAAUGUGGGCGUGCAUUUAUUCGUCAGGAUUGCUUGCUACGUCAUAUGAGAACAAAGCAUAGAGAUAUGCUUGAAGAAAUUCUUGCAGAAGCUGAAAAGAAGAAGUUGCAGCAACAACUGCUUGCUGCCGCCACAGAUGCCAGUGAUUCUGCUCCUAUCUCAUCUGACCCAGGGACAUUGAGUGAUAGUGCACUUGCAGAUUCUAUACGUGAACUGCUUACUUUACUUGUUGAUGAAGCUACCUUAAAAGUAUUUGGAUGGCCAGAUGCUACUGUGGAUCAACUAUUAGAAGCAGUCAUUCGGCGAUGUGGUCACCAACCAGUACCUUCAGAGGAUCUUGCAUUUACAGAUAGACUCCGUGAAAAUGCAAAAUUAUUGUUCACUGUUGUUAUUGAUGAUUCAGCUGUAAAAACACUUCUGAACAAUCAAACUGUUGAUGAAGUUAUACUUCAUGUUCUGAGAUUGGCAAAAUCAUGAAAGAAGGAUAUGUAUUUUAUUGACACAGUUUAAUAUAAUCUCUCUUACAGAUAUCAACAAUGGUUUUGUCACUAACAAAGCAAGGGUAUAGGAAUGUAAUAUAAUGAAGGAAGCAUGACCUUCAAAACAUAUACUCAACUAAUACGUUUUUUGAAUAUAUUAUAUUGCUGUCAAUUGCUUUUUAGCAGAUAAAUGUUUGGAGGUAUUUUGUCAAUUGAAGUGUUACUGAAUAAGUGACAUAGAAUUUACCUGCAAUAACAGUACUACUGUAUUCCACAUUUGAAAUGGUUUACAGGGGAACUCUGUGCCUUAGUGUUGUCUGUCUGAGCCCACUGUUUUUAUGGAAACUAUGUUUACCAAAUGAAACAAAAUCAUUCGUUAUGUUUAGAAUAAUCAGUCUCUUGUGUAAUUUGAACCAGGGUCUUGCAAAAAUUUCAGGUAUAUUUUAAUUCAUUUAGAUUGUAAAGUAAUUCUGUCCUUUGUUAGUGAUAAUUUCACUUUUCUAAUGCCUUUAACUACAGUUUCUUUUUGUUUAUUGUUGUAGUGCUUCCGUUUACUUAACUCUUUGUUUUGCUGUAAGAAAGAAUUUUGGUAUCUUAUUUUUUAAGGAGUGUGUGAAGAAAAAUUGCACAUAUGUAGCCUUAUCUUUUUUUUUUUCUUUUUUUUUUAAGUUUUGGAAUUUUUUUCUGUUGUUUUCUUUCUAUUUUGUCCAUGAAAGAUUGUUUAUGUUAAAACCAUUCAUUAAUGUGCGUUAUUUACUAAAUCUUUGGAGACUUAUACAAAUCAGUAUAGUAGUUAAAAACCUUAAUAUUUUUUAACAGCUUUUUCUUUAUUUGUGUUGUACAUGUGCAUCUUUUAGCACUUAAGAUUGGCUUUUUGUUAAGAGGAAACUAAAUAACUAGGUUAUCAAAUGUAAUUGUAUUUACAUUCUUGUGUAUUAUUAAGUAAGAGCAUUUUUACACUACACAGAAGUGGAAUCAUCAUAGCAUAUAAUGAAAAAGUUUAGAAGCAUAAAUUAUUACUCUUUUGCAUUAAUAUCUCAAUCGUAAAUUCUUAUAUUCUUUCUCCUCUAUUUUUGUAACUUGAUGGAACUAAUAAUAAAUACUCAUUGUCUGUGAGCCAGGACAUGUGAGAAAGCCUUUCACUUGAUAAUAGCAUAAUAGCAUAGUAGUUCCUAUCUAGAUGACAUUGUGCAUGUUGCUGCAUUUGGCUUCCAGUGGGUGUUGAGUUAACCAGUUCCUAAACUAUUAUUACGCUGUGUAUUAUUCAUGACUCAUGAGACUAUUAAAUAAUAUGAAUAUUGUACCUGACUGAACUUGGCCAAUAAGGAUUCUUUUAAUCUGGUGUAGAAGAAUCAUACUUUCAGCAAUAUUGCUAAAACAUGUAAAUAUUGUUUCAAUAUUUACUUUGCAAUAUGAACAUAGCAAUUGUAGUACCCUGUGUUGUGUCUGUAUCUUAUGUAGUAAUUCUACAAACUAUGACUGUUCAUCAGUUAAGAAUGUGAGGAAAUGAAAAUUUUAAGAAGCAUUAAGUUGUAUUCUCCUAUGAAUUAUGUAUAAGAUUGGCACUUGUACAAAACAGCCAAUUGCAGUGAUCACUUGAUUGCUUUGUUACGUGUGUGAUCUCUGUAAUUGAUGGUUUCUAGAAAAAUGCUGCCGUAAUUGCAAAGUGUCAAUCAUAUACUAAUUUUAAUGACAAAUUAACUGGUGGUAAUGUAAGAGAUGUAAUUGUGUCUAUUCCUUUUUGAUUCAAGAUUAAAACUAUUUACUUGUUUCUCUAAUGAACUCAAUUUCAAGAAUAGGGCUCAACAUUUCUUGAUUUUCAUAGUCUUUCUCAAAGUAUUUGCGUGGAAAUUUUCUCAUAAGCUGAUUUGCCUGCACUUGACAUUGAUGAUUUUAUUUACAGGAUGUGGAAGGCCAAAUUACUCCAUUUUAUAUCAUAAUAGAAUCCCUAAUUUUUCCAUAGAAAUCUAUAACAAUUAUAACUUAUUUUCAUGGUCCUUCAUUGGUUUCCAUGUCACUAAAACAAUGAAAACAUCCUUGUCUUUUGAGGUAUAGUAAUAUUAUUAUACUAUUAUAGUAAUAUGCAUAUACCUGUAUCAAUCCCAUACUUGUGAAAAUUGAUAUGUGUAAUAGUUUGCCCUCUGUCAAGAUACAGAUUGUUAAACCUUUCACUAAACUUUUAAAAACUUAGUUAAUAUCAAGUUCUGUUUCACAAAUUAAACGUUCUCAAAUUCCUGAUACCAAGAUUCUAUUUUGAGAUGACGUGGAAGAACAAAAAACUGACAUAAUCAUACAGAUAUACGAGUAUUACAAAUCAUUAUAUAAUCUUGCAGACUGAAUACUUUAAAGGAGAUGAAUACUUAUUCUUCUUUCUUAAUGAAUUAACCAGAUUUCUGGUAUUUGUAGGCUGAGGUUUAGAUGUACUACCCAUUGAAAUUCUCUCUAUAUAAUUAUUCCCCUUACAAAUAUAGAUCAUAUUAUGUAUUUCUUGCCACACAAUGAAUUAACUGAAUUUCUGAUAUUUGUAGGCUGAGGUUUAGAUGUACCCAUUAAAAAUCAUUCUCACUUCCCCUUUCUCUCUUUCUUUUGUGUGUGUUUUUCUUCAUGGUAGCAAAUGGUUAUUGCUAUCUUGGAACAGUUGGGUUUUUCUUUUUUAAUAUACUUCGUGAUUUGUGGUGUGAUAGAAAUGUUAAUUUGUUUCUGUCAAAUGUAAUUUCCGAAUGAAAAAUGUAUUAAAAUCAGCAGAUAAUGAAUGCCAAUGUUUUGUUGAAGUGUAUGCAAAAUUUUACAUGGUGAAAAUUUUUUCAGUAUUAAUAUCUUUAAAUUUUAGGAUUAGUUAUCGAAAGCUUUGGAACGAAUUACUUCUCAGUAAUAGUAGUGAACACAAUAUUAGAUCAGUUUUUGAAGCUGUUCUCUCAGACAUUAAAUUUUUGAAUU